GAGAUUUCAAUCAUCGAUAGUCCCUGUAUCCUUCCUCCUCUCUCGCUCUGGAGGGAGGGAGGGAAAUAAAAUAGUCCCGGAGGGAUGGCUGCUGUUUUGGCAGCCGGCAUUUCUGCAGUUCGAGAAGGGGCAUUUCAGUGACGAGGCGCCCAGACAGCGUGGGGAAGGCACUAGGCCGGGCUGAAUGUGGCCCUGGUGCCGAGAUCUGCGUGAACGGACCGUGAGGAGGCAUCGGACAGUCUAGCGGUUCUCCUCCAAUUGGUCUGAAAACGUCUUGCUGUGUGACGUAUAAUUCCUUCUCCUAGUGUCUCGUUUUUAUGUCUAACACCAAGUUGUUGUCCACAAUGCUCUGAGAAUAUUGCUUUCAAAUGAUGAAUUAGUUUAGAAAACUGUACAGGUAAGACCCUCAAUUUCAAAGAUGCCGUUGUUUGGAAAAAUUAUUGUUAUUAAACGGAAUGGGACCGAUGGAAUCCAUUUUCCACUCACUGCAAGUUCUUGUUUAUUUGGAAGGAAAACAGAGUGUGAUAUCCGCAUACAGCUGCCUCAAGUCUCAAAAGAACAUUGUAAAAUUGAAGUCAAUGAGAAUAAGGAAGCAAUCUUAUUUAAUUUAAGUACUCUAAAUCCAACACAUUUGAAUGGUAACAGUUUUCAGCAACCUGUACAUCUGAAACAUGGAGAUGUGUUCACUAUUGUUGAUCGUUCUUUCAGGUUUGAAUAUCCUCCUCAAUCGACUCCAAGAAAGAGACUUUCAAGAACUCCAAAAAAUGAAACCCUGCAGGUAAUUUGAUCAUUGACUACAUUGG